AAUGAAUCCUCAUUAUUCAAAAGUCACCGGCAUAGCUCCCUCGCUGCGGCAGAAACCAGAAGAGCAAAAAUGGGGUCUCUCCCGCUAUGUUCCGACCUUUUCUCACUUCCUAAAGAAACCCAAACCCUCAUAAACCCUAACGAACUUCUCAGUCUCUUCAAAUCGCAACAAAAAUACCUGAAUUAUUUCUUUCAGAAUCUCGAUCUCUCUCAGGCCCUCUCCUUCACCCAGACCCUGUUGAACACCAAAGGUACUAUCUUCUUCACCGGUGUUGGGAAGUCUGGUUUCGUCGCUCAGAAGAUCUCUCAGACUCUCGUUUCUCUCGGCAUCAGAUCCGGUUUCUUGUCUCCCGUCGAUGCUCUCCAUGGAGACAUCGGCAUUUUGUCCAAAUCGGAUCUUCUUGUUUUCUUUAGCAAGUCUGGUAACACCGAGGAGCUUCUGAGGUUGGUUCCCUGUGCGAAGGCGAAAGGGGCGUUCUUGAUCUCCGUAACAUCGUCGAAGGGGAACUUGCUGACGAAUGUCUGUGAUUUGAAUGUACAUUUGCCUUUGGAGAGGGAAUUGUGCCCUUUUGAUCUGGCGCCCGUGACUUCGACGGCGAUUCAAAUGGUUUUUGGGGACACGGUGGCGAUUGCUCUCAUGGGUGCGAAGAAUUUGACAAAGAAUGGGUACGCAGCUAAUCAUCCGGCAGGGAGGAUUGGGAAGAGUCUCAUUUUUAAGGUAAAGGAUGUUAUGAAGAAGAAAGAGGAGCUUCCAGUGUGUAGAGAAGGAGAUUUGAUAAUGGAUCAGCUAGUAGAACUCACAAGUAAAGGAUGUGGGUGCCUGCUUGUUGUUGACAAUGGGUACCAUCUCAUUGGGACUUUUACAGAUGGUGAUCUACGGCGCACUCUCAAGGCCAGUGGAGAGGGCAUCUUCAAGCUAACAGUGGGAGAGAUGUGCAACAGGAACCCAAGAACAAUUGGUCCAGAUGCAAUGGCAGUGGAAGCCAUGCAGAAAAUGGAGUCUCCACCAUCACCUGUGCAAUUCCUACCUGUCAUUGACCAUCAAGACAUUGUCAUUGGUAUCGUUACACUGCAUGGAUUGGUCUCAGCAGGCUUGUGAACUCUGUGUACCAUGCAGAAAAUGGUCUUUGUAUUAAAAUCGGGAUCCUUGAAUGAGAUGGGGAUCACUUUGUUCUUUUAUUUAUUAAUUUUUAUUCGUUGUGUUAUUAGUGAUGAGCCCCUUGACCA